AUGGCAUGUGAUUUGUAUGAGAAGGCUAGCACUUUACAUGCUUUUGCUGGCAUUGUAAAUUCUCGAAUGAAUGUGUAUGAGUUAAUAGUAUCUGUACGAAAUCGGGAAAGUUGCUUGGCAAGGUGGAAAAACACUGAUACAUUGAUCAUCGAUGAAAUUUCUCAACUGAGUAGAAAGGUAUUUGAAGCAAUUCAUCACUUGGGACAGAAAACAAGAGAGAAUUGUAAACCUUUUGGGGGGAUUCAAAUUAUUGUUGUUGGGGAUUUUAAACAACUUCCCCCAGUUCCAAGUGAUAUUGACAAAGGCGACUUCUGUUUUGAGAGUCGAUUGUGGCAAUCAACAUUCAAACACAAUGUAUUACUCAUGACUGUUUACAGGCAAGAACAGCAGCAGUUCAUUAAUUUUCGCAGGGGUAUUGCAUCAGGAGUUAUUUCAGAUGACAUGCAACCCCUUAUUGAGGAAUUAACAUCAAAAACUCUUGAUGCACAAACGUUUGGAUUGGAGUUUAUUCCACAUAUUUUUUGCACUAAUUUUGAGGCCAACUUUCAUAAUAUGAAUAAACUUAUAAAUUUACCUGGAGACAUUUAUGUGUAUGAUGCCAUUGACACAGCGAGUGAGAACACUUUGAAUAAAGUUACUUUGGCAAAAAGUCAGUUGAAACUGAAAAUUGGUGCAGAAGUAAUGCUGCUUUAUAAUAUUUCUGAAAAGUUGAAGAAUGGUACCCGGGGGAAAGUUGUCCAGUUAGAGAAAGAUGGUCCCACUGUUGAUUUCAAAGAUGUUGGUAUUGUCACCAAAUUACAUCGAUGUACAUGGUUUGCAUACAAAUCUGGAAUGAAAGAUGUUAUUGUUGGGCAAAGAUCUCAGUUUCCUCUGAUAUUAGCUUGGGGAAUUACUGCUCAUAAAGCACAGGGACAAACAUUAAAGGCUGCUGUUGUCCACAGUGGCAAUGAAUUUUUGCCAGGUCAAUUGUAUGUUGCUUGCUCCAGAGUGUCGACGAAAGAAGGUCUGCAUAUUGUUAAUUUUAAUCCAAAGAAGCUCAUUAAAGAAGAUUCCCGCGUUGGUGUAUUUUAUUCUUCCCUAUCUGAUUGUCCUCCCUUGCCUGAUCUCAGUUGUUGUGUAUGUAGCUGUGUAGAUGAAGUAUUACAAGAUCACAUUGAAACCGAUAAUGUGUUCAUUAAUUCUGAAAGUUUGUCAGAAACUGAUUUGGACAGAAUUGAAAAAGUUUGCAGUGAAUUGUUUGUUGAAGCAGAAGAACAAGAACAUGUUAACCUAGAGGAUUACAUUGACUCAAAUGAUGUUUUCAGCUCAGUAACAUCAGAAAACACAGAACAGGAAAAGAAAUUACCAAAUGACUUCAAUGUUUUUGAUUUUUUAGAGACUUUGAAAGAUAAAACCAAACUGUCUUCUGAAGAAGGAUCCCUGAAGAAUAACAUUAAUACACUGCUCUCAAAACUACAAACUGAAGAGUAUUUACCAAGGGUCCAUAUAUUUCUGCAAAUUUAUUGGGCUCAUAUAUCAGACAACAUUACUGCAAGAUUGAAAACCGUUAAGGGCAAUGAUAAAUUCGAUUUUAAAGGGAUUUUGGCAGAUGAAAUGUUAUUGUUAAAUAGUAUGGAUAUCACUGCUGCAUUUUCUAAAGUUGUACAAGAAGUAGAAAUUUGCACACAUCAUUAUUGCACAAUGACCGAAAUGGUAAAGAAAUUAAGGUCCCUAUAUCUAUGUAAACUUUAUGCUAACUGUGUUGUUCAGCAUGCUGAAAAUAAGGAUACCAGUAUACCAGUCUGGGAAAUGGACAAGAACUGCCAUGGGAAAGUUAGAUAUGUUGGUGGAUGGGUGAUAGCUAAACUUAUUCAAGCCAACAGAAAGUACAACUGCCAUGGGAAAGUUAGAUAUGUUGGUGGAUGGGUGAUAGCAAUACAAACAUUUCAUCAACAAACAUGCUAGUUAGAAGUGAAUUGCAUAAAAGGUUUGAAUUAAUCAAACUGCUUGAAAGUUUACUUGUUCAUUCCAGUACCAUUCAUAGUACAUCUGAAUAUUCUGGCAGUUUGGAGUUAAUUGAUCUAAAACAGUACAGAAAUAAUGCUCUGGUGUACAUAAAUGAUGAGACAUUCAGAUUUUUCAUGGAUCUUGAACAAUUUAGAGUUACCUUACUAUGUCAGUCUAAAUUAAAUAUAUUUAAGUCUGAUUUACUUAGCAUGGCUAUGUUAACUGUUAAGCAGAACAAGGAUCUUUACAAUCAAUGGAUAAACUUAUUUGAAGGAUAUGCUGUUAACUUUUUGGACGUUUUGUUUGGCAAAGUUGUCGACAAGUAUUUUCACAUGGGAUGUGGGCAGUUUCUAAAGGAUUUUAAAAGAGACAAUAACAUUAAAAAAACAGAGGCCCAUCGUAAGCGUGUUGUGGAAAAGAAGGCUGCGAAACAACAGAAGGAUGAAAAAAUAACUAUCAAAUGUUUGUCAGAAGAUCAUAGUGCAAACAAACAAGAUUCCCACAGGUUACUUGUUGCUAUGGUUACCAAACGACCUGGAGUUUUUAAUUCCAGUGUAUAUAAUAAAGAUGAAAUUAAGCACAUCUACAGAGCUUAUGGCAUAAAGUUUGUUGCAAGUUGGAACAAAUCCAAAUUGAAUGACUGUCUUGUCAGUCACAUCAAAUCUACCAAUCAGAUGAGUGAUCCAGAAUACUUGAAUGGUAUUCAAUAA